UUCGCUGACAUGAGAGUAAUUCCACGUUAAAAUCCACUCGAUAAUCCAUCUCAGAAUUUUCCACGGGGAAAAAAAACCUCAUGAAGUUGAAAUAAUCAGUUCCAGUUGAAACGAGUAGGAAAAAGUGAAGUGUGCCGUAUUCAUGGUGACAGCAGUAAUAAAUUGUUGAUUAUUGUUUUAAAUAGAGAAGUUAUUAGUGAGCAAUAAUGAUUCUGCUGGAGAUUAACAAUAGGAUACUAGAAGAAACGUUACAUACAAAAAUAAAAAAUUCAUUAUCGGGACACAAACCCGAGUCUACAGACGUCAUAAUAGCGGACUUCGAUGGAGCUCUCUUCCACAUGUCCAAUCCCAACGGGGAUAAGUCAAAACUUAGGAUAAGUAUUUCGCUCAAAUUCUACGGGCAAUUGCGAGAAUACGGUGCUGAUGACUUGCUCAAACGUGAAUAUGGGGCUUACCUCGUAGAGCCCGAGUCAGGUUACAAUGUCUCUCUGCAAGUAGACAUUGAGAAUUUACCAGAAGACUGGGAGUCCCUCGUAAAGAAAGUGGGCCUUCUCAAGAGGCACUGCUUCGCAAGUGUUUUCGAGAAAUAUUUCGACUUCCAGGAGAAAUACGUGGACAACCCUGAGCAGUGCCCAAAAAGGGCUGUCAUCCAUUACCGAGACCAGGAGACAAUAUACGUCGAGGCAAAGAGCGAUCGUGUCACAGUGGUAUUCAGUACGAUAUUUAAGGACGAGGAUGACAUGGUCAUUGGGAAGAUGUUCCUCCAGGAGUUGAAGGAAGGAAGAAGGGCCAGUCACACAGCACCUCAGGUGCUAUUCAAUCACCGAGAACCACCGAUCGAGCUUCAAGACUGUGAUGCAGCUGUUGGUGACAGCAUCGGAUACGUAACAUUCGUACUCUUCCCAAGGCACACAAACAGAGAAUGCCGGGACAACACGAUUGAUCUGAUCCACAUGUUCAGAAAUUACCUGCAUUAUCACAUCAAGUGCAGUAAGGUCUAUAUCCACUCACGAAUGCGAACCAAAACCACUGACUUCCUGAAGAUCCUCAAUCGUGCAAAAUCAGCAUCAAAGAGCACCGAGAAGAAAACAAUAACAGGUCGAACAUUCAUCAGGAAGGAAUGAAUUGGUCCAGCAACAGUCAGACAAUCUGAAUCGAAAAAUCGUGGAUUAACUAUAAAUUUAAAGUGGACAUUCGCCUGGCAUGGGGGAAGAUUGAGCCGACGAUGUGUCCUGGGGGAAGGAUCUAUCAUGUUGGUCGAGAGAAUAUAUUGUCGGGUGGCUCGUAGGACCUAGACUAAGGAAAGAAUCAAUUCAGUGGUCUUCUACUGAAUCGAACUCGCAGGAAAUUUUCAAAGUUACAAAAAAAACAUUAGACAUUCGAUAUUUUAAACGAUACAGGCACUCUUUUUUUUUUACUCUCCUUGGUUAAUGUUCUCCAUUCGCACGUUCACAUCGUGUACUUACGUUUAAGGAGACAUGAGUCAUAAAUAAUGCGUAAUAGUUUAUUGUUUAGGGAAUGAAUAAUCAAAAGAAAUAAUAAUUUUAGUUUUAUCUGUUCUGGAGUGAAUUAAAUUCAUGACUUUAUAGAUAACUUGAGAGGCUGAACCACUAGUGCCGGAAUUUUGUCAUUCGAUUAAAUCGAGAAUUUUCUACACCGAACGUUUAGACUCCUCUGAUUGUCCAUCAGUAUUGUCCAAUGCAUUUCAAUGAAACGAUCCAAUCCCGUCGAUAUACUCAAUCAUUUUUAUUGUGUUCUGUGAUGGAAUACCUCUGGCUUCCAAUCCUGUAUCGUAACGAAAUUAAUGUAAUAACGGGUUCGAAUUUAAUGGUAAUAAGAUUCUUAAAACACUUUUAACUUGAUGGGGAUUGAUACGAGAUAGACCUUGUUGAUGAAGUGACACAAUUUGAUGUCAUAGCCACGAACCAUAGAAUAUUGUUUUUGUAACAAAUGAGUAUUUUUAUUUCCAAUCUUUACUUAUUAUAAGGUAAUAAAAAAGAUUAAAACAUU